AUGAGGGAUUUUCUUUUACACCAGCAGCUGAGCCUCUCCUGAAGACGCGUGGGCUCGGUUUCUCUGUCAGGAGGCUUUUUAUUCCUUCAUCUUUUGAGAGGCAGGCUGCAUUUUGACAUCAUUCUCUUCAUGUCAGUCUGAACUCCUUCUAGGUUUCUUCGAGCCUGAUCGAAUCUGGACUCCCACCAGCACAUUAAGGAGAUGGGAAUGGCGCGUCUUUUCCAUACGGAGUUCCAGUUCUUUCACGUGUGAUUUGUGCAGAAUCUGAAGAAGUGCAGGGGAGGAAGAAUCACCAGAAAGAGGGUGACACACUUUCGGCAUCUAGUUGGGUUUUCUUCUUGCCGGAGAUGUGAAACCAGCGAUCAUCAACUCUCCCGCUGGCAUCAAACCCUCAUCCUUCCAGCCUGGCAGCCAAUAAGACACCGCGUCUAAAACAACCUGUAUCAAACUGGCAUUAUGGAGAAACCAGCGUUUCACGUCGCGCAAAUGAUCCACAAAGCAACUUCUUAACUUUUCUGGACGGUUUGUUCAACAGCCUGGUUAUGACUUCCAUCUGUCCUGCUGCGGUCGUGUGUUCUCAGAUGUUUUGGGGUCGUUUUUGACAUUGCUUUUGACAUUUAGAGGACUUUAAAGAGUUGUAGCGUAAAUCUCGCCGGCUCUCAUGGGACUGAAGCAUUCGUCGCGUUGUUUGCUGCUACGGCGGAAGAUGGCGGAGGCGGACAGCUCGGAGCGGCAACAGACUGUCAUGUCCCCCCAUUCUCAGUCUGCCCAGCCCUCCCCUCUGUCGAAACCAGUGCCUACUACCCACCAUGUGCCCUGUGUCCCUCACACACCUCAUGUAGCAGCGCUGUCCACCUGUCCUGGAAGAGGCAAGAUUGCCAAAUUCCUAAGCCCAGAGGAAAUGACAUCAAGGGACUACUACUUUGAUUCCUAUGCCCACUUUGGCAUCCAUGAGGAGAUGCUGAAAGAUGAAGUGCGUACACUGACCUAUCGAAAUGCCAUGCACCACAACAAGCACGUGUUCAAAGAUAAAAUCGUUCUUGAUGUUGGCAGCGGCACAGGGAUCCUGUCUAUGUUUGCUGCCAAUGCUGGUGCCAAACACGUGUACGGGAUCGAAUGCUCAAGUAUAUCGGAAUAUUCAGAGAAGAUCAUCAAGUCGAACCAUCUACACAAUGUCAUUACCAUCUUCAAGGGUAAAGUGGAGGAGGUGGAGCUUCCUGUGGAGAAAGUGGACAUCAUCGUCUCUGAGUGGAUGGGUUACUGUCUUUUCUACGAGUCCAUGUUAAACACGGUCAUCUUCGCCAGGGACAAGUGGCUGAAACCUGGAGGUCUGAUGUUCCCAGACAGAGCAGCUCUCUACGUGGUAGCCAUCGAGGACAGACAGUACAAGGACUUUAAGAUUCAUUGGUGGGAAAACGUGUACGGCUUCGACAUGAGCUGCAUUCGAAACGUGGCCAUUAAAGAGCCUCUAGUGGAUGUGGUCGAUCCCAAGCAGGUGGUGACUAACGCCUGCCUCAUUAAGGAGGUGGACAUCUACACUGUGAAGCCAGGAGAUCUGUCCUUUACAUCCGCCUUCUGUCUGCAGAUCCAACGCAAUGAUUACGUCCAUGCACUCGUCACUUAUUUCAACAUAGAGUUCACAAAAUGUCACAAGAAGACUGGCUUUUCCACUGCUCCAGAUGCUGCCAGCACGCACUGGAAACAGACGGUGUUUUAUUUAGAAGACUACCUAACCGUCAAGAAGGGGGAGGAGAUCUUUGGGAGUAUCGCUGUCAGACCCAAUGAGAAGAAUGUGCGUGACCUGGAGUUCACCCUGGAGCUAGAUUUUAAAGGACAGUUAUGUGAAGCUGCCAUUUCCCACGACUAUAAAAUGCGUUAGGAACAAACCAAGGUGCCCGUGCGGACCCGCCCUCAGCUCAGCUGGACACAACUGGAGACGGGGAGACCAAAAGGCCCCCAAAGAAGCACUCCAGUGACCCAGGGAGGGCAAACCGAUGCAUCUGACAGGGUGCAAUCAAGUGAUGUGAUCAGAAUAAGCAAGUUUUUUUUUUCUCAGCAAUAGUUUCAUCACAGGGAUGAGUGGAGCUUUUAAUAUAAAAUACUACAAAAAUCUGUUUAUCUUUCAUCUAAAUAUUUAGAUUAAGGUCAUUUGAGUCUUAAAUUUCUUUACUGAAACAGGAAAUUAUUGAUCUGUAUGAUGAGUCAUUAAGUGUGUUUCCUCUAAAGUCAUGUAAACUAAGUGGGUUUAACAACAACAAACUCGGUAACUUUUGCUUUAUCGUCUUCUAUCUCCAUGUGUGGAACACGUUUUGAGUUCAGUAAACUACAUAAGGGUAAUUUAGCUCAUUUCUUUUGUUCUUUGGCACCAGAUUGAAGCAGGGCAAACACAGAUGCAAUAAAUGUAAAAGAGCUCUAUUCUGGAGCUUGAUGGAACAAAAUAUUUAAAAAGAUCAACGUGGUGAUGAAUAAAAUGUCUAAAAAAGGGU